ACUUCCUUUUAAGUUCGGCGCCUGGGAGGUGGGGCCCACGCGGAGUCAACAUGAGGAUCGAGAAAUGUUAUUUCUGUUCCGGGCCGAUCUACCCUGGCCACGGCAUGAUGUUCGUCCGCAACGACUGCAAGGUGUUCCGAUUUUGCAAAUCCAAGUGUCAUAGAAACUUCAAGAAGAAGCGGAAUCCACGCAAGGUCAGGUGGACUAAAGCCUUCCGGAAGGCAGCUGGCAAGGAGCUCACGGUGGACAACUCAUUUGAAUUUGAAAAACGUAGAAAUGAACCUGUGAAAUACCAGCGAGAGCUGUGGAAUAAAACUAUUGAUGCAAUGAAGAGGGUUGAAGAGAUCAAACAGAAACGGCAGGCUAAGUUUAUAAUGAACAGGUUGAAGAAAAACAAAGAGCUACAGAAGGUUCAGGAUAUCAAAGAAGUCAAACAGAACAUCCAUCUUAUCCGGGCUCCUCUUGCAGGCAAAGGAAAGCAGCUGGAGGAAAAAAUGGUACAGCAGUUACAGGAGGAUGUGGACAUGGAGGGCGCUUCCUAAUGGUGCCGCCUGCAGCCAGCCCUGUGCACACUGGAAACCAGUGGAGACUGUUGGUCCCUAAGUUAUCGAUUGGUUACAUAACGUCCCCCAGGCAAAGGUGACUCGCGUGCUUCUCUCUACAGUGCAGCCUGUAAAAACAUCCAUUACGGGUCUCAACUCAAUGUUCUGCUUCACUGUGUUAUGCUCACAGAAACAUGAAAGUUUGUGUGUAGAUGAAGGUGUGAACCCUGGGCAUAACAUGGUUGAAUUGUUGCUUAAUGGCACCAGGCAGCAUUUCUGCACUGACUAUUAUGCUAGUGUGAAAUUUGUAAUAAAGUAAUAUUUUCCUAGCACUAGGAUAGUUUAUUUGUUAGGGUUAUUGAUGCAGAGGUCAUAGCAAGGAACUAACCAUUCUCAUGACAACCCCAGUCUCUUGUUUUGCUUUAGUCUGUUUAGUAUCUCCUUAGAGUAGCAUUAUGGCCUCAUACAGUGCCCCCGUGCUGCUGAGUUAUGCUGGGCUGUCUGCCCCGCUUCAGCUGUGUAGUCGGCAGCUUGUGGGGUGGGGUGGGGCGGGGCUUAAUAAACUUCCUGGAUGGUACCUUGUUACUGCUUUGGAGAAUGCUCAACUCCAAGUUGGGACUUCUGCUCCCUCCACCCCCAAUUCUCUCCAGCCCAGCAAUGGUCUAGAAGCAGAAGAAUCUUGGUGCCUUUUAAAAUUUGUUUUGUGGUUUUCUUUUUCUUUUCUUUUUUUUCUUUCUUUUUUUUUUUUUUUUUUUUUUUUGAGACAGGGUCUCUCUUUUGUGCAGCUUUAGCUGUCCUGGAUCUCACAGAGAUCUACCUGCCUCUGCCUCCUGUAUGCUGGGAUUAAAGGUGUGCACCAUCACACCAAGCAUUUUUGAUUUUCUUAAAAAAAAAAAAACCCAGCCAAACAAAAACUCUUUGUUUUUGGAAAACAGAAUGGAAAGAUGGAAAGAAUGUUGCCUAUUAAUUUGUACAUAAAUAAAACCAUUUCUAAAGUGAGUGCCUACAUAUUUUUCAACUUUUUAAAAUGGAUUCUUUUAUGUCACAUCAUGCAUACAGAUUCUAUUCAUCUACCUGUCUCUUCAUAUCCAUUCUAUCCUUGCAGCCUACCUCCCAAAAUAAAUAAAAUGUUAAAAAAAACCCAAAAAACUAAAACUUACAUUAAAAAAGAAAGGGGGGGGGAACAAACCAAAAGAAAAACGUCUCAUCAUGGAAGGUGUGGUGUGACCCCGUGAGUCACACCCUUUAGUCCAUACAUCUUUACUUGUAUGUGUUCAUUGCAACUGUCCUUGGUCUGGUUCAAGGCCUCUAGCUUCUACCACACUCAGUACUGGCCCUCCCUGGGACUCCUCUUGGAUGUCCUGUUGUUGGCUAGUGUCAUGGAGGUCCUGCAGCUUUGGAUCUGCACAUCAGGCCCCUUCACAUGCUCUAGCAGUUUAUAGAUGAGGUAGAUGUUGGGGUGGCCCUGCUCACAUCCCUGGUUCUGGGCCUGGGUGGUAGAUGGUUUGGUCAGCCUGCCAGUUUUCCCUCAUCGACACCGCCAGGGUGAGCUCUUGAGCAUUGCCUGGGCUAGUUCACUCAUUGCUACAGGCGGCAAGGAGCAGGGCUGGUUCUGCUCUCAUGCCCGUGGGACCAGCUCACCUGCACCCACACCACCAGGGCCUACUUUCCCAAUUGCUGCAGUUGGUGAGGUGCAGGACCAGCUCUCCUGCUCCUUUGCCCCUGCUCCAGCUCUUACCUGCUGCAGGUGGCAAGGGAUGAAGGUGGGAGGGUUGGAGUAGGGCAUCUUUCCCUCACCUAUGCCACCACAUGGCAGAUGGGGGUGGUGGUGAGGUUGGCUCUCAUAUCUCACACCCUUGGCCAGCCAUCUGCACGCACACACACACACACAUCCCCGGCUCAACAGCCCUAUUGUGUUCUCUGGGAGGGGUAUGGGGCCCACUCUCCCAUUUUUCCUAUUUAAAGGUCCUAAGCAAAAGUACCAUGUGUCUGCUCCUUUGAAGAGACGACCUACACAUUAUAAGUAGGAUUAGUUAAUUAAAGGGCAAUAUGUAAUUCAUAAUUCUUGGUAGUUUUUAUGUUAUAACUAUGUUAAAAAUAGUAAGCUUGUGUAUUAAAUUUUAUAGGACCACAUUUAGAAUAAAUUAGGAAUCUUUAGGAUUAUAUUGUUAUAAAAUAAUGACUAAUCUUGUUUUUUUUGAGACAGGGUCUCAUGUAUCCUAGGCUGACCUAUGUAGACCAGGCUGUCCUUGAACUCACAGAUUUCUAUCUACUUCUGCUUCCUGAGUUCUGGGAUUAAAGGUGUGUGCCAUGCCUAACACCUUUCUGUUUUUGUUAACAUUUACUUAUUUCAUGUGGGUGAGUGUGUCACAUGUGUGAAGGUAAGAGGACAGCUUAAGGGAGUUGAUGAACUCAGAUCCCCAGGCUUGGUGGCAAGCACGUUUACCCACUAAGCUUCCUCACCAGCCCCCAGUGUUGCAUUUAAUUAUAGGCAGUGAAAAUGUGCAUCUGCCUGUGGACAGUGUUGGGAGACCUAUGUGCCUGUUUUUUUCCUCUUUUCUUGAUUAGUAAGUUGAAUUACAAGAACUUGAGGCUUCUGGAGAUGUAGGGUCAUAAGCUUAAGAGUGAACACUUGCGUAGUGCAGAAAUGCUCGCCAGAAACUACCUCAAGUAGUCUGAUGGAGGAAGGUCAUUGGCUAAUAAAGAAAUUGCCUUGGCCCAUUUGAUUGGCCAGCCUUUAGGUAGGUGGAGUAAAUAGAACAGAAUGCUGGGAGGAAGAGGAAGUGAGCUCAUCUUAGCUCUGCUCUCUGGGGCAGACAUGAUGCCCCUCUUCUCCAGAGCAGAUGUGAUGAAGCUCCCACCCAGGAUGGACGUAGGCUAGAAUCUUCCCGGUAAACGCACCUAGUGGUGCUACUUAGAUUAUUAGAAAUGGGCUAAAUUAAUACGUGAGAAUUAGUCUAGAAGAGGCAAGAUAUAAUGGGCCAGACAGUAUUUAAAAGAAUACAGUUUGUGUGUUGUUAUUUCAGGGCAUAAGCUAGCCGGGCUGCCAGGAGCCGGGCAGCAGGAACGCAACCCACAGCUCCCCACUACAGUAGUCCUAGUGUCCUGUUUUUAAAAAGGAUAUAUUUUAUAAAUAUGUAUGUGCAGCACGUGUGUGCCCGCUGUUCACAGAGGCCAGAAGAGGGUGCUGGAUCUCUGGAACUGAAGUUACAGACUGAACUGCCACAUAGGUACGGGGAAUCAAAACUGGGUUCUCUGCAAGAGCAGAAAGGACUUUUAACUGCUAAGACAUCGGUACAGUAUGGCCUGUUUGUAAUUGGUGUUAUUAAAGUGAAUAAGGAUACUAUAUAUAUUCUGCUUUUGUUUUAGUGAGUGUGUUUCAAAAAUGGUAGUGCCAGGAACCGAGUAACUCUGGUGACUCGGGAGCCCACUGCUUUGCCCUGAGAACAGUCAGCUUGGGGAAACUGACUGCACCGAACUGAAGUGAGUGUAGGGAAAAUAUUUCACAUAAAGUAUUU